CACUAGCGGUCUAUUGUCCGAAUCAAACGCACCCACAGAUACUCGCCUCGCCCGCCAAUGGAGUCUCGUGGUGAAGCCGAAAGCUGAUCUUCGCGCUAGGUGGUUUAUUUACGAACUAUAAACUCUGAUACACUCUCUGACCUGCUAUUCAACAAGCAUAACAAUAGUAGUCGUUUCCGUAUUAACUUAACGUUUGUGCGUACAUAUAGUAUCAAACAAAUCCAUUUUUUUAAUGAAUAUCAGAAGGAAUUCAUUGGAAUAUCGUUGCUUCGAUAAAAUUCUGGAUAUUUUUGGAGUUCGAACCAGUGCAAAUUGCUUGAUCAAUCAGUUUCGGUACAUAUCAUACCAAAUUGCAUUUUGCCUUAGACUAUAAUUUAUAUCCAAACAGAUGUAUGGGAGUUACUGUUAAUAAGUAAUUGAUCAACCCAGCAGUAAUAGAAAACUUGAUAAUAUAAAAUGGAGUCGGAGGAAAUCGUCAUUUUCGAUCAUUCCGAAGUAGAUAGUAAUGAUGAUGACCAAAAUCUUGAAACAUACCAAAAAGAGGAGAGUGAAGUCUUCGUGAAUGUGGAACAUAGACAGGCAAUGGAAAAAUUGUCCAGCUGGUCGGAUAUUUGCAGAGUUUGUGCCAAUUCCAACGAUCAUAUCAUUCCGAUAUUUGAGGCUGAAGGAGCGCAGCAUGAUUUAUCUGAUAAAAUUCACAAAUAUCUACCAAUUCGGGUUGCAAAAACUGAUACUCUACCGGUACAAUUAUGUUAUCACUGUGCCGCAACGAUUCUUGCCUGGCAUGAAUUGCUCGAAGGUUGCGUGAACGCGCAAAGACAACUUUUGCAGAUGCAAUCUGAUCACAGCUACAAAGAACAGAACAAUAUGAAAUGCAGUGAAAAUUCAAGCAAAGAACUCGUCGAUGAUCUUGGAUCUAUGCCCCUUACUAAACAAGAAUUAUGUAUGAUGGAUCAACAGGAAGAGGAGCUGGAACAAAGUAUCGUCGAAGAAGAAUCGACAUCGAGGUUGAAGAAAAUAGGGGCAAAGAAAAGAAGGAGAGAAAAAGCUGUUAAAAUUACGAUGAGCGAAAAUAUUAUUGACAAAUUUCAUGAGAAUAAUGAUGAGAACGGAAGAAAAAAGAGGACGAUAUCAGAAAGUUCGGAAACGCUGAUUAUCGAGGAAACUGCCGGCGAAUGUUUCGGUGAAAAUGAAGAAAGAACGAAAGAUGUAGAUAAAAAGAUUGUCAGAAAGAAAAAAAUCUCAAACGAUGCCUAUAUUUGUGACCUAUGCGGGAAAAAAUUUCUCCUUCGAAGCAGUCUAAAAUCUCAUCUGAAACUGCACACCGGGUUGAAAUAUUUCACGUGCCACAUAUGCGGUAAACAAUUCACUCAGAAUGGUUGUCUAUAUUAUCAUCUUAAAUACCUUCACGGUGGUGUAAAAAAUCAUUCGUGUGACAUUUGCGGAAGAUCAUUCGCUAUGAAAUCCGCGAUGGAAGAUCAUCGUCGUUCAAUCCAUACGGGUGAACGACCCUAUAUUUGUCAUUCUUGCGGUAAAACUUUUGCCACUAAAUCCUCUCUGUAUAUACAUAGUAGAACUCACACCCAAAAUUAUCCAUAUCAGUGUAAAUAUUGUCAAAAAUCCUUCAGAUGGAAACAGCAAUUGAUCGGGCACGUGACCAUUCAUACGGGCGAAAAAAAACAUGUUUGCGACGUUUGUGGCAAAGCUUUUGGCGUCAAAAAUCAACUCACCAGACACAAACGUACUCAUGAAACCACAAAACCUUACACGUGUGAAAAAUGUGGUAUCAGCUUUGGGCAAAAACGCUACUUGUCCACUCACGAGAGAUCCAAACACAAAUAACUUUUCUUCAAACUUUUCAAUCGUCCAGAUCUCCUGUUUGUCAGUGAAUUUCAUACCAAUGCCAAUUUAUUGAUAUUUUCCACCGCAUCCAUCUCGCAAUAAUAAUAAUUUCCCGUUAAUUUAUUUGAGCAACGGCUGAACAGAUUUAAAAUUUUUUAUCUCAUUCGUCAUACAUUAUUCUUUAAUAGCAUAUAAAUAUAAAUGGUCGUUAGUUUUUUUUUUUUCAACAUUCAUCCAGCUCCUUCUGUAUCAAAAGUAUAUAAAAAAAUGAGACUGAACGCGUAACUAUGGCAAACUCAACACCAAUUGUCAUAUUUAUUAGUCGAAAAGCUUUCUAUAAAAAUAAUAAUCAUCUUAUUUGACAUGUGUAAUAAUCAAUUUGGAUAAAUUCUAAAAAUGAAACUUUUGACUCGUCUAACUUUCCAAAGGUUGAUCUCCAGAUUCGUUUUCCGUUGGUACGCUUCGGCAAUUUUUAACGUGUUCCUGGUAAUAAUAACAGAAAAAAAAAUAAGGUAAGGUCACGUACACCACGAUAAUUAUUGUUUUAUAGAAAUCGAUCACUUUCAUAUUAUAAAUCAAGGCUUUUCUCAUUUCGAGAAUCAUUUUUUGACGUGUUGUAUCGUAUCGAAUAACGUUUACCGUUAAACAACGCAUAUGCGCGUAUAUAUAAUUGAUUUUUAAUAAAAGAAAAAAACAAACUCCGUA